UGACAGGUGGGGGAGGCAGGUGGAGAAUUGAGCCGGUGAGCUCAUGGCAAAGGCGCCCGGCAGGGCGGGGGUGGGUGCCCUGGUCUAUAAAGCCCCCGUGGCUCUUGGGCCAGCAGAAGCGGGUUAUGGACGGCACCAUGGCGGGCUCCGAGGCGGUGCAGAGGGCCACGGCGCUUAUCGAGCAGCGGCUGGCGCAGGAGGAGGAGAAUGAGAAACUCCGGCAAGCCGCCCAGCAGAAGCUGCCCAUGGACAUGCUGGUGCUGGAGGAUGAGAAGAACCAGGGGGCAGCUCCCAGCCUGGCCUUACAAAAGGUUAAGGGCCAAGAACGUGUGCGCAAGACAUCCCUAGACCUGCGGCGGGAAAUCAUCGACGUGGGCGGGAUCCAGAACCUCAUCGAGCUGCGGAAAAAACGGAAGCAGAAGAAGCUGGCCGCCCUGGCCACCCCGGAGCCGCCUCCAGAGCCUGAGGAGAUAACUGGCCCUGUGGAGGAGGAGACAUUCCUGAAAGCAGCGGUGGAAGGGAAAAUGAAGGUCAUUGAGAAGUUCCUGGCCGAGGGGGGUUCCCCGGACACCUGUGAUCAGUUUCGAAGGACUGCACUGCACAGAGCUUCCCUGGAGGGCCACAUGGAAAUCCUGGAGAAGCUUCUGGAGAGUGGAGCCACUGUGGACUUUCAGGAUCGGCUGGACUGCACAGCCUUGCACUGGGCCUGCCGUGGGGGCCACUUGGAGGUGGUGAAGCUCCUGCAAAGCCGAGGGGCAGACACCAAUAUGAGGGACAAGCUGCUGAGCACCCCCCUGCAUGUGGCCGUGCGAACGGGACACGCGGAGAUCGUGGAGUACUUUCUGUCCCUGGGCCUGGACAUCAAUGCCAAAGACAGAGAAGGAGACAGUGCUCUGCAUGAUGCUGUGAGACUCAACCGCUACCAAAUCAUCAAACUGCUGCUCCUGCAUGGGGCUGACAUGAUGGCCAAGAACCUGGCAGGAAAGACUCCCACGGACCUGGUGCAGCUGUGGCAAGCUGACACCCGGAAUGCUCUGGUGCACCGUGAGCUGGGGUCAGAGCAGAACGGGCUGGAGGGGGCUGCUGAGAGUGGGCGAGAGACCCCCCAGCCUGUGCCAGCCCAGUAAACACCUGAAUGGCCCCGGACCUGAGCCAUUCUUCUGGGGAAGACCCAGGAGCACACACAACCUACUGAAAUAAAAAAAAGUAA